UUCGUGAAUACCCUCUUGUUAUAAGCUUGAGACAGACACUACAGAAAUCCAUGCAGUAUAUAUAUAUAUAGCACUUCCAAACUGACCCCACGUACAUACUGUACUGGUUUUGAAGCUGUUGUUUGUUGUCCUUAUGAGCAUGCUGUACGUUUUCACAGCAUAGCAUUAGUGAUUAUUGUGCAUCUGAAGGAAAUUCACAAGUGACGCACAUAUGUCUGUCCAUUACAGAACAGGAUCCCAAUAUUUACGAAGAAGUGAGUGACUGCAUAGAAAGAGCAGCCAGCAUCCUGUUUGUCUGUGAGAACGACAGAUGGCAUGCAGAGCAAAGCCAGUGGUUCGCCACCGUGUGUUGGAACCUAGCGCUGCUGCCAGAAGUGAAUGCCGAGCAGCAGUUCCACCUUCUGGGGCACAGUUUCAGGCUAAUGCUCAGUGUUCAUGGCCGUCGAGACACCACCAAGCGGAUCACCACCUAUGCCAUCAUGGCAAUGCUGUCGGGAGUCACCGCGUCCAGGAACCAUGCGGCUGACACACAGUUCAGGCAAAGAAUUCUCAGGGAAGUUCAUCAAAUUGCAGAAAAGCUCAAGGAAGUGAACCCUGCUUGGCGGGACAACAGGAAGCUAGCUGGAAUGCUUCUUGCCGCUGAGUUCGAAGCUGUCGUGCGUGGAGGAGGAGCAGCUAACGGCAAAGCUGUGACGGAUGAAGUCAUUUCUCUUGCGGGAGACAACACGGAGCUUCUCGAGCAAUUUGUUGCCAUCUGCCAGGAUGCUGGCAGCAGGAAUGGCCCACUCACCGUGACCUUGCUGCGACGCUGCAUCGAUCUCACAGCAACGCAGAAACAACCAGACAAGCUGGUCAAGUACUAUCACCUGUUCUUUCAGGCAAGUCAGGUGUAGUUCACUAUUAAGGUGAAUGAAACGUUUACCCCAAACGGUUCUACAGGUGCAUUCUGCAGUUCUAUUCUAAAAGCAUAGAUGUUGUUGCAUUCAUUGCCCUUCAUUCUGUGUCCUGAGACUGAUUUGAUGAAAUCUGUUUGUUUUCAUUUACUGUUUGUCUCGAGGCAACAAACUGUGCUCGUUUGUACAUAGUACAUUUGCCUCAUAUGGCAAUAAAAUCUUGCUGGAAGGCGGUGCUUCAGCCUUGAUUUGUUAGUCCUCAUCCCUUCAAAUUGUGCACAGGUCCAGUGAAAUGAAUCACUAACAUUCCCAAUGGUAUGCAGUUAAACCUCAAUAUAACGAAGUUGGUAAAAUUGGCACUUUACUUUGUUAUAUUGAAAUUCGACCUUUUAUGCAAAUAAGCGCCGUUGCCAAUUGAUUUUUCUUACUCAGAAGGGGCUGUAAAAAUAUCCAAAUUAUCGGGCAGUUGAAAAAACUAAUUUCAAUGACAUUAAAAAAUUUCCUUUGCUGAAUUUGAGAGCUGGCGACCAAAGAUACGGUUCCAUGCCAUGUCAAUGAUAUCUUCACAAAAGCAGAUGUAUGAAGUUGAUCAAAGCUUGUGAAACUUUCACAUCUAC